AUAUGGCAUUUGCACAAUGGGACAGUGUAGUUGUCCCACAAGCUCUAGUUCAAGAACCUAUUUCAGACCGAUAGAUGUUAGGCGGCCUAAUCUUGGUUGCUCUGAGGUCACAAAGCUGACUUGCCAAAAUACAAAGAAACACAGCCUUUUGGAAGUUGAAGAUGUGGACUAUUUCGCGUUUAAGGCAGAUAUUAGUGACACAGAUUUGAGUACCUGUAAACGCGCAUGUUUGGAGAAAUGUUCCUGUAAAGCUGCAUUCUUCCGUAGUGGGUUAAAUUCUUCGACGACCAGGGGGGACUGCUACUUGCCAACCGAGAUCUUUUCAAUAAUGAACAAUGAGAAGGACAAGACAAGGUAUGAUUCUGUCGCAUUUAUAAAAGUACAGGUUUAAGCUGAACCAGCUUCUGAUAAAUUAUGAACAAGAAUUAACCUGCCGGAGGACAUGGAUGGAAAUUAUAAAAUUCUGCGCGAUAUCCAGAAUAAAAGCAUGCUAGACAUGAACUGUCUGAAGGUAUAGUUAAAUAAAUACAUGGUUGGAUAAACCAAAUUAGUGUUAAAGAGUUCUCUGUAUUUCCUCAUCUUCCCUUCUUUUCUGUAUUACACUCUCAUCCCUCUUUUCAUUUAUCUAUUACUAUUUCGUUGUCCUUGUUCUAUCAUUUUCUGUAAUUUCAAUUCAGCAGACAAUCUAUUUUUUCAGUUGUUAGAGUUAA